AGCUAAGGCAUAGUAUAUUAUAUGAUGACGAGCUUUUGCAACAAAAAAGUCCACCCUUUCAUAUGUUCACCAAAUUCCAAACACAAUGGAACAGAGAUAGACUUUUCCCUCCCCCGCCCAGAUAUUUUCACCGCCGCUUCAAUCGGUGGUGACACCCCCAUGACACGGCCAGCCGCCACCGCCACCGCCGUCGAGAAAAAAGAUCCAGGCGGAUUUGGAUUCCUAGAUGAAGUUGGUGGGACUGUUGAUGGACUAAUGUCUUGUACAGAGACUCUAGGUUUCGAGAGUUCCGAUGAGAGGUCAGUUGAUGAUCAAAUUGAGGAUCAUCAUCAUGAUAUAGAUUUGUUUCCUACUAGGAAAUCAUAUUAUGGUACCAAUAAUAUGGCCAGUACUAAUAAUUCUAGGAGCUCGCAAAGAGGUAAUUUGGAGAAGAAAUUAGAAAGGACGAGAAAGUUUCCACCUCCAUUAUCAUCCUUAAGCCAAGAUGGAAAGCCAAAUUUCUUCCUGCGUGCGGUGAGGAAAGAUGGACGGUUAGAAUUAACAGAAGUGAAAAUUGGUCGGCAAGAAACUCUCCUUGCUUUCCGCCAAGAUGGACGGCUCAGAUUGCAUCUCAUUCCCGAUGAAAAAGAAGAAGAACAAGAAGAGGAGGAGGAAAACGAAGAUUUUCCCGUGGAAACAGAGGAACAACUAGACGAUGAAGAAGUGAUUGAAACAAUUGAAGAAAAUGAUGAUGAUGAUGAUGAUAUAAUUGAUGAUGACGAUGAAGAAGAAAAGGUUGAGGACUGGAAGUUUCCGAUGACGAGUAGUGGAAGUGGAGAUGGUCAUUGGAGAUGUUACGGUGGCCACCAUGGCCACGGGCAUAACAACUUACAUGUGUGGAGGCAACGCUGUGUUACAACUAGGUGAAGUAAUUACAUGGAAAAUUGGAAAUUAAGUUUAUUAAAUGAAGUGGAGACACAGAAAUGGCCAUGCAUGUGACUAUGUUUUUCUUUCAAGUCAGGGGAAAAUAAUACUUCCUCCGCUCACUUUUAA